AAUCAAUGAUUCUCAUUGUUGUUAUCAAUUUAUAACAAUAAGUUACAUAAUCUGAACUAUUGAAUAAUUACUGUCACUUUCCGCUCCUGCCGCAACGUGCUACUCGAGAUUUUACAAACCUCACUAAUAUAAUUCUACUAUAUAUCACGCAUAUAUUUAUAUAUGCGUAUAUACAUAUAUAUUUAUAAGGCUGACAAGUUUUUGAGUGUCUCUUGUUUUAAGACUGUCCAGUAAUCAGGAAGCUUUCGGGUAGUCAUUAAAAAUUCAGGAUAGAAUUAAUAUUGAAUUUAUUUAUUCAUCAUCAUAAAAUUAGGCUAAAAUAAUUCAACAAAAUGGAUGUUUUCUUGAUGAUCAGAAGGAAAAAAACAACUAUUUUUACUGAUGCGAAAGACAAUACAACUGUCUUGGAGCUUAAAAAAAUGAUUGAAGGAAUCUUAAAAAUUCCUCCAACGCAUCAGCAGCUUUUCAACAAAGAAAACACUGAGAUGGUUGAUGGAAAAUCACUGUCCGAUUACGGACUAAAUUCAAACUCGGCAAAAGCGCAAAGCCCUGCAUUAGUUGGACUUGCAUUACUUCAAGAGAAUGGUUCAUUUGAAAAACUAGAAAUAACUCCGUACUCUCAACCACCUGAUCUUCCUGAUGUUAUGAAGUCGCAAGAAGCAAAUGGACAAGAGCAGGCAUCUUGAAACUUUUCUACUACCAACCAAACUAUCAGUGAUCAAUGUCUUACUUGUAAUCGCUACAGUAAUUACAAGCAAUGAUGCAAGCAAGUAAUGAUCAUUUGAUCAACAUUACUUUAUUUCCUGAUGUUAAAUUAAACAGUUUUGUGUCUCUCAAAUUAAUAUAUUUUGAGUUUAUAUUUCCAAUUUAGUUAAAUUAUACUUAAAGUAUCUUUAUUUUAUUAAUAUCUCAAAUACAGUAAUUUAAUUUGCAAAGCGUAAA